GUUGGCGUCGCAGUCGCUGCCUGCGCCUGAUUGCCGUUGCCUGCCCCAGUGUUUCCGCUUUCUUUCGUUGUAAUGUUACUUUUAGUUUGAUGUCGGAGCCUCGACGAGCCGGUUUUUCGCAGGCUCAGCGCUCAUCAUUAAUGUUACACAGUUACAGUUAACUCUGCUAGUAGUGUUGGUUAGUGCACAAUUGAAAUAACCAAAAUAAACGCAACAAAAAAGCGAAAGUGUUACACAAGUCACAAAACCGUCAUCGAAGAAUCGCGUCUCCAAAAAAAAAAAGAAAAAAUAAAAGAAAAGAAGAAAAAAACAACAACCAAUUGGUAAAUCGCAGUCCAGCGCACUCCUGCGUGUGUCGAGUGCGUGUGUAUUGUUUGUGUACGCGAAGUGUGCGUGUAUUAGUGUGCUUGUGUAUGGUGAAGAAGCAUUGUUAAAAUAAUAUUAAAACUGUCAUGAUGAAUUUCUCCGCGUUCGGCGGCCCCUUCUCUGGCAUUCAUCAGUUUGCUGCUAAAUUUGAUGCACAAACACCGGGUGCAUUUGGAACGCCACCAGUGAACGCAGCGGCCGCUGCAGCGGGCAGCGAUAAUCAUGUGCAACGCUAUCAGACCAAUGGCAAUCAUUUCAAUCAGAAUGUGCCCAACGUUUCCGCGGCCAAUAAUAUGCAAUAUGGUCAAAAUAUAUCCAUACCGUACUCACAGCCGCAGAGUGAUCUAAACUUUUUGAAUGCGGCAGCAGCAGCGGAUCAUAAGGGUAAAAUCCAUCCAAAAAUUGAACGUGACCGGGAAGAAGUGCUCAAUCAGCAAAUCUUACAGAAUGUCAAUCAGUCGUGGCAGACGCUGGCCAACACGGCCAACACUGUCGACUAUUCAUCGCAUUUGCUAUCCGCAACACUGCCAAUAUCCAUACAGCACUUCCUCAAGUACUCGGAAACAAUAAAGAAGGAAUCCUCGGGUGAUGUGCUUAAGAAUGGCACUAACUUGGCCAGCCUGGCGCUGGGCGGCGUCGCAUUAACACCCAGCAACAACGGCGCCAACGGUGGUGGGGCCCAUCAUAACGGUGGCCUCGUUGGCAUGGAGCAUGGUGGCGGGCAUAUGACCAACAUGACGGAUGCCAAUGGCGCCGCAUUGGCCAACGGUGGCGCCACCAAUGGUGUCAAUGGCAAUGCGAACGGUACGGUGACCAAUGGAGCCGCCGUAUCCAGCACUGCAGCGGUGGGCACCACAAAUGCCACAGGUGGUGGCACCACCACCACCACCGGCAAGAAAACCAAAAAGAAGAAACCCCCAAAGGAGAAGAAGCCACGUCCCAAGCCCGGCGAAAUUCGUGAAACGAAAGCAUUGGAUGGCUCCACGCUCUAUUGCUGCCCCGAAUGCCAGAUGGCCUAUCCGGAUCGCAGUCUGAUCGAGCAGCACGUCAUCUCGCAUGCCGUGGAGCGUCGCUUCGUCUGCGAUAUCUGCAAUGCGGCGCUUAAGCGCAAAGAUCAUUUGACUCGGCACAAGCUGUCUCACAUACCGGACAGGCCGCAUGUUUGCAAUAUAUGCAUGAAGUCGUUUAAGCGCAAGGAACAGCUCACUUUGCACAUUGUUAUACACUCGGGCGAGAAGAAGCACGUCUGCAUCGAGUGUGGAAAAGGUUUCUAUCGCAAGGAUCACUUGCGUAAACACACGCGUUCGCACAUCGCUCGACGCGUCAAAUCGGAAGUAUCAGCCCAGAAUGUGAAUGGCACUACCGCCACUAACAAUGCGCAGAAUAAUUCGCUACAUGGUUCCUGAGGUUCGUACAAGGACUUUUGGUAAAGUCUUUAACACAUUUCAUGCCACAAAAGAGCUACUCAGUUUUUGCCAACACUUUGUCGACAGCAAUGCGUUCGCAAAGUGAUGGAAAGAGCUGAGUGUGCUUUUGAAAUGUGUUGAGGAGUUUACCGAAGGUCCUGCUGAGCGUCACCCCAAAUCCAAUAACCCUCAGAAAAAAGAAACAAAACAAAUACAAGUUAUAUACUUACAAACUACAAUAUAUGCAAGUAUUAGUUAAAUUUUGUUUACAACACUUUCAGUUCUUUAGCUUUGGUUCUUUCAGUUCACAUUUUCGCACAAAAAGUUAAGCAAAGUAUAGCAAUUUAAAUGUACAAAAAAGUAAAACAAAAACGAAGCAAACGCAAAAGAUGAAGAGAAAUUUUAAAACAUGAAGUAAGCGCAUUUCAUUUGAACUAAAAAACAGUUUGCUUUCAUUUCGUUAUGAGGAUCUGUGAUCUUUGCUGCAUAAUACUAACACGAAAGAAAUGAAAAGAUAAAGAAUAAAAAACGGAUAGAUGGCAACUUUAAGCUUUUAAGUGUAAUUAAAUAAGUUUUAAAGAAUUUAUGUGCAAUUUGUUUACACACAUUAUGAUUUGCAUAUUCUAUUGUUCAUCCAGCUUUUGUUUAUUGAUCGUCUUAAAUAUAUGUACGUAGAAUAAGUUUGGAAAUUUAUUUGAGGAAACCCAUUUGAUGCGCAUAUUUGAUAAGUAAAGAUGUACGAAUUGAGAAGGGUAUAUAUUUCUAGUCUUAUACUUUAUUCGAUCAAUUAUGAAUGAGUAACUUGAGGCAGUCAGCCCUGUUUCGAGUUCCGCUGUCGCAUUCCUCAUAUGAGAAAGAGUUGCGAGAGCGGAAUUCAAAGCAAGCCUGCGUGUCCUUUAAUUUUAAGCUUUUAAAGAGUAACAAAAAAAAGAAAAGAAAACCACAACUUCGAAGUGAGCAAACACUAAACAGAUAAAUGCAAUCCAAGCUUGCGUCUUUGCAUGCCCAACUUCCAAUCGUCGUUUAGAUCAAAGCUACCAUUAACAGAUAAAAGCAAAUUACAACAAUAUACCAUAUAAUACUCUUUAGCUAUAGCCAACUUACCAUGCUUACCAAAUACAAAAUACAAAAUACAACAAAAUGGAAAAACAUCAAGAAUACAACAAUAUAUAUACAUAUAUAGAUACUAUACUAUAACCAAUCGACAAAAGAAAAAAAAAUACAAAAACAAAGAAAAAAGAAACCGCUGAGCAGCUCUAAAUGAAAACAAAACGCUAACCAAAAACAAUAACUGCAAUAAAACUCAAUAAACAAAAGAAAUAUAUUUUAUAUAAAUGCAAAAGGAAACAGACUUAUACCAAAUAAAAAACAAAAAACAAAAACAAAUGGAAAAAGAAAACGUUAAAAGUAUAGGAUAUGAAUGAAUGAAAGGCAUAAAACAAUAACCGAAAUAAAGUGCAAACACUUCGUGCAAGUGAAACGUAAUUUACUGUUCAAAUACAUAGCAUUUUUUUGAGAUUAACUAUAAAGUAAAGUAAAGGUGUAAACAAUACCAUAUACGUUUUAUGAUAUGUACCAGCAUACAUAUUUACAUAUAGUUAUACGAAAGCUUCAAACUAAUAUACAUACAUGCAUAAUUACAUUGAAACCAAAUACAAAUAGUUGUAAUGGUUUUGUGUUUUAUCCUUAUCCUCAUCCUUUUCAUUGUUUCUCAAUAUCACAUAGAAAUGAUCUCUGGGCACAAAGUUAUCGAGCAAUCAACAUUGAUAACACCAUUACAAAGCUCUUUCUUCAAUGUCCUGAAAGAUUUGUUCCCAUUUGCGUUCCCUUAAGCAUUCAACUUGUAAGCUUUUAAAUAGAGUCAGUAGUCGAACUUCGUGCCCAUUGCCUCAUUUGAAACGAAUGCAGAGAUUGUUUUUUAUUGCGUUUUGGUUUUGACCUUAGUCAUACUUUGUGUAGUAAUAUCAAUGUGCUACAUUCGUAUUCACAAUAUGCUCAGUUCUUUUUCCUAAGGCAUAACUAUGAAUAUGUACGUUAUUCGUGUGCAACAAAACAAAAAAAAACAAAAAAAGAAAAACAGCCUAAAUUAUAUUCAGAGCGAACCGUAAUAGUUGGCUUUGUGCGUUGCUUUGAAUACAAAAGUUAUUGAAAUACUUGCAGUAAAGUACAAACAAAUACACACUCAUACAUACAUUCACAAGUGUACAAUACAUGUGGUGUACAUUAAAUGUGAAGAGAAGAAGCACCCAGAUUAAAUGAAGUAAGCCAUAAAAAGUAUUAGCCAAAAGUUACAUAUUAAUUACCAUAGAUGGGAGAGAAUGCUUAAAGUACAGUUACUACAAAUUAGAAUGGUACAUUUUGGAAACUUUUUCGUAGCUCCCCAAAAUGUGCCUCCGAGUGCCACACAGAAGACGAGUAGUCAGGUAACUAUCCAAAGUUGUAGCCCCCAAUAAAUCUAUAAAAUAAUAAGCAACCUUCAAAGCCCACGCAAACUUUUAAAAUUCGCAAUUUUUUUGUUUAGCAUACUUAUAUAAAUCGCAUAAGAGAAUAUAAAACAAUAAGUUUAUAAAGAAAAAUUGCAAUAAAUGACAAACAAAGGAAAUUAAAUCACUCAGGGAUGAAGCCUCCAAACAAACAAAACAAAACAAAAAAACAUAAAGUAAAAAAUGCAAUAUUUUAAAUGAAACUAAAUAAAACGAGCAAAAAAAAAAGCAAAACAAAACUAAAUUUAUAAAUAAAAGAAAAAAUGGUACAUUUUAAAGUAAAAUAUUUUAGAAUAAAGAAAAACAAAACACGAAAAUAACGAAUGAUAAUAACAAAAUAAAAAAAAAACUCAUUAGAAAUUUGCACAAAUUUUUGGCAUUUUAUAUAAAUAAAAAUCAAACAAGAGCAUAAAAGAGCAAGAAAACAUAAACAUAUUAAACAUGAAAUAAUAAAUUAAACACACAUAUUUUUCCAAAUAUUUAACGAAUUGGUUUAGCGAAGGUAUAACAGGCAAAACAAUUGAUUUAAAAUAAUAAACGAAAACGUAAAACAAAACACAGUCCGUGCAACUCUUAGUGAAUUUAAAUGAAAUGUAUUACAAUUUACAUAUUUACAAAUACAAGAUAACAAAAAACAAAAACUAACGGAUCGAUGGAAGUAUGUGCGUAGGAAGUGUGCGGCCAAAGAUGAAGAUUAGAAUUGUAGUUAGAAGUACAGCAAAAGUUGAAACGACGGUUGAGCAUUUUAAAGCAUACCGAAAUGCAGGAAGUCAGGAUCGCAAGCAUCAAGGCGGCAAGAAAGGAAGAAUAGACGGAAUAGGAAGGCGAUGAAUUAAAAGUUUAUAUGAUGUAAACACUUUUUAUAUACCAUUAAUGAAAGUCAGAAAUGCAAAUACCGUAUGUAUGUAUUGUACUGUAUUUAUGUUUAGUGUCAGCAGCAGCUAAAAUAAAAACGAAAAGGAAUAUAAAUAAAAAGAAAAUAUAUUUGAAAAGCUUAAUACAUUUUAAGGUUAGGUUUUCUGCGAAAGGACUGAAGUUAAGGCAACGUAGCGUUUAAAAACAAAAUUGCGAGUGUUAUGGACAUGGACGUGGACGAAAAAAACAAUAAAAAAUAAUAAAAAAAAAAAAAAAAAAAAAAAAAAGGGAAGAUAAGGAAAGCCCGCGAG